AUGCCCAAGAAACUAAAGCGAACCACGUAUGAAAAAGACAAUGACGAUCAUUACGUCGUAAUAAUAAACCCUUGGGCGAAAAGCUUUGACCUUCCUCGAAAACAAACCCAAAUUGACUGGAUUGGAGCAUGGCUCAGGAUUGCAUUUCGUAAACCAUACGAGAAGAAUGUCAUUCUGAAUAUCUACACCAUGGAUACUAGAGACGAGGUCAUAGCUCGACUCAGCCCUUCAGUUGAUGUACAAGUCGGAUUAGGGCUUCAUAGAUGGAUAAAGUUUAUGGGAUACGUGAACGUAGAUAAGAUUAAACGCGAGACCCGAGGCAAAAUCAACCUGGCUGACAAGGUUUCCUACAUAUUUUUAUACAAUUGGACGCUGAAAGGUGAUCCGGCUGAGCGUCAAUGGACAGAGUUCUUCCCCAAACAAGAUGACCUACCUCAAAACAUCAUGAUCAACUGGGACUACCCGGAUCCAGAGUGGACGGAGAUACCUCCUGUAGAUGAGAGGCUGCGAACUCUCGUUAUCCCGAUACCUCAUCCACCAGAACCUGACUACGAAGAAGCACCGGAUGAAAAUCUAAGCGACACCGAAGAGCCAGAUGCACGUUCCUCCCAGCCAAUCAGCGUGAACGGGCAACAUCGGCCUCCUGAUUACGAGGCGAAGCCAAGCGUGGAUGAUCUACUUACAGCUGUCCAUCAAGAAAUCACAGAAGAUACCAGCAGUUCCAAUGACGCACCACAGGCUAAUAACCCAACGAGCUCGUUUUCUCCUUACCAACCUCCCUUGCAGAUGCAGUCACGACUUAGACUGAGUCAACCGGAAGAAACUAAAUCUGGUAAAGUCGAUAAGCUCGAUCCUUACGAAGAAGAUGCUGCCGCACAAGCUCGCCUUGCUUCACGUCUCAAGUCUGAAAUAGAAGACACGAAGCCUAAUAUAGGAAACGAAGAUCUAGAAGGUACAAAGCCAGUCGUAAAGAGUGAAGAUGGACCAACUGUUAAGCAGGGAGAAGCUUACACACCGAGUAAUUCACUGGUCGAUACCAUUAAUCAAUACAUAUCCAGUACUCCCCAGAAUACAGGCGGUGGACCAAAGACUGGCCCUAGCUCUAAACGAACCUUUGAUGAUGGUACUGAAUUGAACGGGCAUAGUGUUAGCGCUGAGCCCUCGAAAUCUCGGUCGAUGAAGAGGGUGAAGACAGAGGCAUCUUAA